GUCUGACGAACGGAAAUGAUGUAGUUCGCGUUCCUGGAUCAUCUAAUCCGUCUUGAUGAUGCAAAAUGUCUCUGAAUGUGUCCAACAGGACCAACACAGCUCGGUGAUGCUUGUUUGAACCUCAGCCGGCGUCAGUAGCUUUUGUCUGCAGCUCAGAGAGAGAUGGAUCCGAGCAGGAGGAGCGAGAGUGACUGGCAAGGGAUGAUCAGCGAGUUCCUGAUUUGUAAGCGGAAGUUGGAGAGCAAGAAAGAAGCUCUUCUGAUUCUGUCUAAAGAGCUGGACACCUGCCAGCAGGAGAGAGAUCAGUACAAACUGAUGGCCAACCAGCUUCGCGAGCGGCACCAAGGACUCAAGAAGAAGUACAGGGAGCUCAUUGAUGGAGAUCUGUCUCUGCCUCCAGAGAAACGAAAUCAAGUGAAUUUAGCUCAGCUACUGACAGACUCCAGAGAAAAAAGUAACCAACUUUCUGAAGAGGUGAAGGAGCUGAAACAACGACUGGUGGAAGCUCAGGGCGAUAACAAGCUCCUACGAAUGACCAUCACCAAACAGAGGCUGGGAGACGAGGAGGUUGGUGCUCGACACUUUCCAGCACACGAGCGAGAGGAUCUGGUCAAACAGUUAGAAAGAGCCAGAGAACAGAACGAGGUGCUGGAGCACAGUGUGAAAUCUCUCACAGACGAGCUUCAGGACGUGCGAGCGGAGCGGGACGUGUUUCAGCAGAAGGCUCAUCGUCUCAACAUGGAAAUGAACCACAUUGUGGGGAAUGAUGAGAUUCGGAUUUUAGACAUAGAUGCACUCUGCAUGGAGAACAGGUAUUUGCAUGAACGGCUCAGUCAACUUCAAGAAGAGGUCAACUUGCUGAAAACAAAUCUGUUGAAGUACAAGAGUGCACUGGAGUGCAGGAAGAACUCCAAGAUCAGUGGGAAACCCAACAGCAGUGCACUCACCGGCGUGCUCUCUGCUAAACAAGUGAAGGAACUGUUAUUGUCUGAAGAAAAUGGCUGCAGCUUGCCAGUGACUCCUCAGUCCAUCUCAGACCUCAAGUCUCUGGCCACUGCUCUGCUGGAAACCAUCCAUGAGAAGAACAUGGUGAUUCAGCACCAACGCCAAAUCAACAAGAUUCUUGGAAAUCGAGUAGGAGAACUGGAGAAGAAACUAAAAACACUAGAAAUGUCUGGAUUAUGGAGCCUGCCAGGCCUGACUUAUAAUGUGUCUUUGGGAAUAUAUGGAAGAGGAAAAGACACCAUCAUUCUGAGCUCUCAGCAGGCUGACUCACCAGGUUCUGAUGCACAGGAAGGUAAAGAGGGGUUUGAAAGUAUACCUGUUGAUCAGCAGAGCUCCCCAGGAGUUGUAAACCAAGAGAGUGAAACACCGGCUGUGUCGGCUUGUCAAGAGGAACUUAACGAGGAGUCACCGUCCAGCGAAGACACGUACCAACAGAACCCCACAUCCCAGCCUCAAACAGAAACGCCAAACGGUGAAGAGUGUCAUGACAGCAACCAGUCACCGAUCACAAUGGAAUUAACGGCUUUAACAAGUCACCAGUCAACAGACGAGGGGUGUCUGAGCGUUUCCCUUCCCACGGUGAUCGAUGAGAACACACUCUGUCCAUCAAAUACCAGCCACUCAGAGCAAGCUUCAGAGAAAUCUGUCCCCACGGGAGGAAGAGAGGAUGAUACAUGCACUGAGGGAGUGGAAACUGUUGAAACUGAGUGUGUUAUAAUUGAGGAAAACAUCAGUAGUAUGUCUUCCACCACCGCUGCUUCCGCUCCCACUGCUGAGGAGCAGGAGGACGUCCAGUCAAACCAGGAGACGGAGCUUUCUGACGGGACAGAUGUUUGUGUUAGUUAGGAAAUAUGAAGUCUUCCAGAUGCCUCUCACACGUUGCAGAGCAUCAGGAGAAAAUCUAAAAAACUGAGAUAUAAUAUAAUGCUACUUUAUUUAUUUUUAUGAAUAAUUAAGAAAUAUCAGGAGACACAAAAUGUAUCUGUUACGAUUGAGAAAUGGCGUGAUAUCGUAUUGUAAUGAUCACUACAUGAUUAUAUGAUCACACAGUCUGCUUCUUACUGAGAAUCCCAAAAAAGUAUUUAAAAAUUUUGUGCCAAUUAUUUGGCAAUUUUUUAAUAAAUACACGCCUGAGAAAUUGGUAAGGUUGAUAACAAACCUGAAGACAUCUUAGUGUUACCGGUCAUUGUUAACUGAUUAUUUGACUUGGUCCCACUUUUUUGAAUGACCAUUUUCACUACAUGGCCAAAAGUAUCUGGACACCACCAACAUUACAACCAUAUGUGAUUGUUGAACAUCUGAUUCCAAAACCAUGGACAUUAAUAUGCUGCUAUAAUGGCUUUUCACAGGGUUUCAGGCACAGAUGUUGGGCGAGAAGGCCUGUCUCGCUACCAUCCAGCCAAACUUAGGGCUGGGUGAUACAGACAAAAUCAAAUAUCAUGAUAUUUAUGACCAAAUACCUUGAUAUCGAUAUCGAUAUUGCAACAGUACUGUAGGACUGACUAUUGGUGCUUUCACAAAAUAUUUACAAUGAGAUUUUUAAUAAAUAAUCAUCAGUAAUUUGGAUGUAAUA